UCUUGUUUAGAUAUGGCUAAAAGGUACAAUAACACGCCAACGAAACUAUCAGACUUCAAGGUUCUCUCUUGCCCCAAGAUUAAAAAAUGGCCUCUUCCCUGGUUCUCUCGAGUGCGUUCUCUUCCGUAACUCGCCGUCCCAGUAUCCCAGUACAACCUCUCUGCCCAAUCUUAAUUCCCUCGUUCCAAAAAUCCACUAAUUCAAAAUUCUUUAGACCAAUCCAUCUGUUUCCCUCAAAUUAUGUGUCUUUUUCCUGGAAAAUUUCGACCCACAGUUCCCUUAGAUCAGAUGCAGAUACAAACAGCUCCGUCUCUGAAGAGUCGCUUGUGGGUGAGGACUCGGCAGCGUUCGAGUUGGGUAAACAGAAGAUGCUAUCUUGGAUAUAUUUCAGUGUGAUAUUGGGAGUUGUUUUAUAUGUGCUUGAUGUGGCUUGGAUUGAUAACUCUACGGGAUAUGGAAAGCUUUUUAUCGACGCUGUUUCCGGUCUUUCAGAGAGACAUGAAGCUGUAAUGUUGAUUCUGAUUUUCAUUUUCGCCACUGUUCACAGUGGCUUGGCAAGCCUCCGGGAUAUGGGUGAGCAACUUAUUGGAGAAAGACCAUAUCGUGUUUUGUUUGCUGGGGUCUCUCUUCCAUUAGCUGUUAGCACUGUCGUGUACUUUAUUAAUCAUAGAUAUGAUGGAGUUCAAUUAUGGCAGCUUCAAAGUUCUGUAGCAGUUCAUCAACUUGUGUGGCUUUCUAAUUUUAUUUCUUUCUUUUUCCUCUAUCCUUCUACUUUUAAUCUAUUAGAAGUAGCAGCUAUUGACAAGCCUAAAAUGCAUCUUUGGGAAACUGGAAUAAUGAGGAUCACGAGGCACCCUCAGAUGGUUGGACAGGUGAUCUGGUGCUUGGCUCAUACAAUUUGGAUUGGCAAUUCUGUAGCUGUUGCUGCAUCUAUUGGUCUAAUUGGACAUCACUUAUUUGGCGUGUGGAAUGGAGACAGAAGACUAGCAAAGCGAUAUGGAGAGGGUUUCGAGGCUGUGAAGAAGCGGACAAGUAUAGUUCCGUUUGCUGCAAUCUUUGAUGGUCGUCAAAAGUUACCCACAGAUUAUUACAAGGAAUUUCUCCGGUUGCCAUAUUUUUCAAUUACUGCAUUGACUCUAGGUGUGUACUUUGCUCACCCACUUUUGCAGGCUGCCAGUUCCCGGCUUCAUUGGUAAGCAUUUUCAUCUUCAUUUUAUCAAAUUUAAGGUGGUUUGUAAUUGCGCAUGGUUAAUGUAAAAUAGACACAUGUAUCCAUUCUGAAAGGGGGAAAAAAACAUAGCCUGUUCACAA